AUGGGGGAUAUUACUGCGUUGACGGCGCGACGCGGCCAAAUCAAGGCCGUCUUGACGCGAUUUCAAACUUACAUUAGAUCGGCCGAAUGUAACAUAACUCAAGUUGUACCACGGCGUAAAAAAGUGGAAGAGGCAUGGUAUAAUUUUGAAAGUGUACAGUCGGAGAUUGAGGUUUUAGAUCAUGCAAAUCACACAAAUCAUUCCGAAUACAGAGAAGACUUCGAAAAUUUGUAUUUUGAAAUUAUCGCACAAGCUGAGCAAAUGACGAACACCAAUAGACCGGAAAUAAACACGAAUGAACAAGGGGAAGCUUCCCCGCGAAUGUCAUCGCGUGUAGGUAGCAGCGGUCCCGCGUCAUCGACAAUUAAACUGGCCCCGCUAAACAUACCAGUUUUUAACGGAAAGUACGCGGACUGGACACCGUUUUACGAUAUGUUCAUGGCGUUUGUUCAUACAAAUGAUAAAAUAACGCCGAUACAAAAAUUUUUUCAUUUGCGUGCAUCUUUAAGUGACGAACCUGCGAGUUGCAUUAAAAAUCUUGAAACAACGGCAAACAACUACGAGUACGCUUGGAAAACGUUAAUAUCGAGAUAUAGAAACGAAAAAUUAUUAAUUCAGUCACACGUUAAAGGCAUAUGUGAGUUAAGUGACGUAAAAGAAAAUUCGUCAAGUAGUUUAAGACAAUUUUCUGACGCAUUACGGGGUCAUAUGUCCGCGCUAGAGGCGUUGAAACAACAGCCAAGUAACUGGGGCCCACUGUUGACGCAUAUUAUUUGCACUAAGUUGGACGCGAUCACUCUAAGUGAAUGGGAGAUGAAGUCGCCAAAAAAUGAAAUUUCUAAAGUGGAAGAUUUAGUAUUAUUUUUAGAUGCGCGUUCACAAGUUUUGGAAGCAAUUGAGUCGUCAAAGAACAUUUCUAAAAUCGUUGAUUUGGGCUAUGAAAACAAAAAUGAAAAUCGAAAAAAUAAGUUUGGUAAAAACAAUAACAUUACUACAUCGUUAGUAUCUACAUCGGAGAUAAAAUGUUAUGCAUGUGACUUGUCACAUACAAUCUACAAGUGCCCUUCAUUUUUAUCGUUAACAGUAGCCGAGCGUAUAAAAAGGGUUAAUGUACUAGGACUCUGCAAGGUAUGUUUGCGCAAACACGAAGUUUAA